AUGCAAGUCCACACCAGCAGAGGCACCAGGAGGAUAGAAUUUAGUGUGGACCAUGACAGAACUGACUGGACUCACCUGAGGUACGAGUGUCCACCUCUACUCCCACAGACUCACCUGAGGUACGAGUGUCCACCUCUACUCCCACAGACUCACCUGAGGUACGAGUGUCCACCUCUACUCCCACAGACUCACCUGAGGUACGAGUGUCCACUCCCACAGACUCACCUGAGGUACGAGUGUCCACCUCUACUCCCACAGACUCACCUGAGGUACGAGUGUCCACCUCUACUCCCACAGACUCACCUGAGGUACGAGUGUCCACCUCUACUCCCACAGACUCACCUGAGGUACGAGUGUCCACCUCUACUCCCACAGACUCACCUGAGGUACGAGUGUCCACCUCUACUCCCACAGACUCACCUGAGAAGGUGCCGGAUGCUGCGAAGAAAACUGUGGACAGGAAACCAGCAAUCAAACAAAAACUGCUCAGCUGCAGAACCUCCGGGCGGUUCUGGGGCUGGAGUUGGAGAAGACCUGGACAGCAGAGGAAACUCACUCUCGUGCAGGUUACCUGAGGCUGGUGGUGAUGCAUUAAUGGCCACCGGUGGGGCAAAAUCCUCAUGGUCCAAGACACUGAAUUUAUUUGCCAAAGCUUUUCGCUUACCUCACUGCCCAAAGCCAUUACGGGCUACAACAAUCCAGGGAUCUGACCGGACUGGAGUAGAGCUGACCCUAACCCCUCGCUGGAGCCAGUAGUGUUCGUCUGUACCUGCAGUUGGGACGCCGGGGUCGGGCGGCGAGGGUUGUUAGCGGUGGCCCGAGUCUUGCCCAGAACGAUAUUCAGUUGGCUCUUCACUCGGCUUUCGAACAUGCAUGUGCAUUGUUCCAGCUCAGCCGCCCUCUGACUCAGGACGUUGCAGCUGUCACAGCUGGAU